CUAUUUACCUCGGUUCAAUUCUUUAACACUUUAAGGGGCUGCGCUAUGGUCCUUUAUCUAAUGAAGAUAGCUACACUUUGAGCUUUUAUGAACAGAGAAACGCAAACGCUGUGCACCUCAAAAUUCAAGUUUUCUUUACUUAUUUUAUGGAUUAAUAGAAGAAAUUGAGGAUUAUUGCUCAGGAAUUAAAUAUGUUAGACUUAUUUGCGAUUAUAACAAAAGGAGGCAUAGUCCUUUGGAAAACGUCUGAUUCAGCUGCCUGCCAGAAAUGUUUACAGGUGUUGUUUUAUGAAGCUUUCUUAAGUGAACGAAAGAAUAUGGAGACUACAUUUCAUCAAGAUCGGUUUACGAUACAAUUCCAAGAGUCAAUUCAAAACGGCAUUGUUUUUGCGGUCGCCUUCCAAGACGCAAAAGCUGAAGCUUUUACGCAGAGCUUGCUGAAUAGUAUGCAUAACAUAUUCAUUAAUUUAUAUCAGGAACAGCUGAAAAACAAAGAUUUCCCAUCCGAGGACGAUAUCAUAAGAAAUUUCGUCCCAUUAUACAACGCUAAAUUGUCCCAGUUAAGUAAGGUGUCCGACAAAGAGAAUCUGACUUCAAAUGAGGUCAAUCGUCAAGAAAAAAACAAGGCAUUACCUCGUCAACAGCCUCGGCAAAAGAUGCACACCUCAAAACAAGCUCCAUCCACUAGCAAAAAAGGAAAAAAAGAGCUUCGAAGAUGGGAUGAUCAGUUGACAAAUGAAGAAGAAGAGGCUCUAAAUUAUUCUGGUAACGUUUCGAAUGAAGUUCCUAGCUCUUCGCAACUGUCAAAUGUCGUUGGUGAUACAAAUUUUCAGAAAACAAAAAAGGGUGAGGUUGUUAUUGGCGAUUUAGAAACCGAUCCAAAUCAAAAUUCCGCUACCACCUCAUCGUCAGCCUUUUCAUUUUUCUCUGGACUGAUUGGUGGUAAGUACUUAAAAGAGGAGGACUUGGAUCCUGUUCUUAAGAAAGUACAAGAACACAUUGUCCAAAAAAAUGUUGCCAACUCAAUUAGUCUUGAACUAUGUAAAUCGGUUAAAAAGUCGUUGAUUGGUAAAAAAGUGAGCUCUUUUGAAUCAGUCAAACAAACGGUAAAUGAUGCCUUCCGCGAAACACUUACUCAAAUCCUUACUCCAAGCACAUCUUUAGAUCUUUUGCAUAGUAUCCGUGCCGUCCAAAAAAAUGAAGAUAGACCCUACACCAUAUCUUUGAUUGGUGUUAACGGAGUGGGCAAAUCUACCACGUUGGCGAAGCUUGCUUACUGGCUUUUAUCAAACAACUUUCGGAUUCUAGUCGCCGCUUGUGAUACUUUUCGUUCUGGAGCUAUUGAACAGUUAGGGGUGCAUGUAAAAAACCUUCAAUCUCUUAAAGGAAGUUCUAUUGAGUUAUUUGCUCAGGGUUAUGGAAAAGAUUCUAGUUUUGUCGUAAAAAAUGCCGUUGAUUAUGCCAAAAAAAAUAGCUUUGAUGUAAUUUUAAUUGACACCGCCGGUCGGAGACAUAAUGACCAAAGAUUAAUGGGUUCUCUAGAAAAGUUUACCAAAGCUACUAAACUCGACAAAAUUUUUCAGGUUGCUGAAGCUUUAGUUGGUACUGACUCUUUAGCUCAAGCCAAACAUUUUCAGGCAUCAUUAUACCACCGUCCUCUUGAUGGAUUCAUCAUUUCAAAAGUUGAUACAGUUGGAAAAAUGGUGGGUGUCAUGGUCGGUAUGGUGUAUAGUGUGCGAGUUCCUAUUGUUUUUGUUGGCGUAGGCCAAAUGUACAGCGAUCUCCGUACAUUAUCUGUUGAUUGGGUGGUGGAUCAGCUUAUAAAAUAAAAGAUCCUACAGACCUUGAUUCACUUUAAUUAUGAGUUUAGUUGCUAAAGAGUAUAAAUCAUCGUAAAGGAGUUAAUAGCUGUCUCCACUUCUUAAUUAAUAAAGUCCUUAUAUGAUUUUUGUUUCUAAAUGGGUUAACUGCCUUU